AUGUCAGGGUUGCUGGGGGGGAGCUGCGUCUGCGCGAGCGGCCAGCAGCGCCGCGUUCUCGAGGAGGACUUGAGCUCAAGAGGAGCAUUCGCGCUGCAGGGGCAUAUAAGAAAACAAAGGGAAAGCGCUGGACUGAGGAGGAAACCCGCAAGUGAGUUGCUGUGUUCACGGGCCCUGGAGCAGCAGCAGCAGCAGCAGCAGCAGCAGGAGCAGCAGGAGUUGCAGCAGCAAGAGCAAGAGCAACAGCAACAGCAACUGCAGCAACAGCAGCAGCAGGAGUUGCAGCAGCAAGAGCAAGAUCAACAGCAAGAGCAACAGCAGCAAGAGCAGCAGCAGCAGCAACAACAAAAGGGAUGA